GCGGGCGGCGAGGUUGAUCCUUUUGCCGGGAGCGAGUUGUGACUUGGAGUUCCAGGAAACUCGAGAGCGCUUCAGACGUACCACUGUCUAGUGUCUCCUUUGUGUAUACAACGUGUGUUACAAUACGUGGGAGACGCUUCGAGAGCUGCUGUAGGCAGAAAGCAGGACAUAAGGCGGUGCUGUGGCGAAAGUGAAUGGGAAGCGGGAGACUGGGAGGCCUGGAUACCUCAGGCUGUGACUGAAUUCUUGGCCUGCUAGAAACCCAUCUGCAGUAGCCGUUCCUGUGUCUCGGGGUGGUGGGGAGCCCACCCACUUGGGCCAGCCAUGGAUCCGGCGUUCCCCAAUCCAUCCCAGGACCCAAGCCAUGAGGACGGCAUGGCCUCAGAUGACUUUGAUAUUGUGAUAGAAGCCAUGCUGGAGGCUCCUUACAAGAAAGAGGAGGCCCAGCCAGGACCCUCAAAGCCACCGGCUGAUCCCCCCACAGCACAGCCACCUCAGGAGGAGCAAGGAAAAGAAGUAAAGAAAGACAGUGCCCCCAGCAGCAGUGGGGAAAGCAGCAGCAGCAAAAAGAAGAGGAGCAGGAGUCGUAGCAGGAGCCGUGACCACAGGCAUAGCCGCAGUCGGGACAGAGACCGCCAUCGUAGGCGCAGCCGCAGCCGGGACCGCCGCAGCCGCCACCGGAGCCGCAGCCGCCACCGGAGCCGCAGCCGGGAUCGUAGGCGGGGCAGCAGAUCCCGCAGCAGGGAGCGUCGGCGGGAUGAACGAGUGCGCUACCGCAGCCCCCCACCACCUGGGCGGCGGUUUGGACACAGCAAGAGCCCCUUGUACAGAGAGAAAAGCCCCCUUCGGGAGCCCUUGGGCAGCUUGAGCCCAGAGGAGCGUGAUGCCCGCACAGUGUUCUGCAUGCAGCUGGCUGCCCGCAUUCGCCCGCGCGACCUUGAGGACUUUUUCUCCGCUGUUGGCAAGGUGCGUGAUGUACGGAUCAUCUCUGACCGAAACUCCCGUCGCUCCAAGGGCAUUGCCUAUGUGGAGUUCUGUGAGAUCCAGUCAGUACCUUUGGCCAUUGGGCUGACCGGACAGCGUCUCCUUGGUGUUCCCAUCAUCGUCCAGGCCUCACAGGCGGAGAAGAACCGGCUGGCGGCCAUGGCUAACAACCUUCAAAAAGGCAGUGGGGGCCCCAUGCGGCUCUACGUUGGUUCCCUUCACUGCAACAUCACCAAAGAGAUGCUGCGUGGGAUCUUUGAGCCUUUUGGCAAGAUUGACAGCAUCGUGUUGAUGCGCGAUCAGGAUACCGGCCAGUCCAAGGGUUACGGCUUUAUCACGUUUGCAGAGGCAGAGUGUGCCCGGCGUGCCCUGGAGCAGCUGAAUGGGUUUGAACUGGCCGGCCGGCCCAUGCGGGUGGGGCAAGUCACCGAGCGCCUGGACGGCACCACCGACAUCACCUUCCCCGAUGGCGGUGACGAGCCUGACCGUGCAGCCCUGAAUCUCGGCACCACCGGCUCCCAGCUGCAGCUCAUGGCCAAACUGGCCGAAGCAGGUUCUGGGCUUCCUCUCUCAACCACAGCAGCAGCUCAGGCUGCCCUGCAGCUCAAUGGAGCGAUACCCCUGGGAGCACUGAAUCCAGCUGCCCUGACAGCUCUGAGCCCAGCACUGAACCUGGCUUCGCAGACGUUGGCCUCCCAGUGCUUCCAGCUUUCGGGCCUCUUCACUCCCCAAACAAUGUAAUGUAACCCGGUUCCCCCCCUGCCCUCCCUCUCCCACGGAGCCAGGAGGGGAAUGAUCAUCUUCACACCAUCACCACCUCACCGCCCCCCCCCCAUUGGAUACAAGGCAGGGGGAUGGACUCCGCAGGAGCGCCCCCCCCCUUCAGGGGGUGGAGGCCUUCUUAACACAAACGGAUUUUACUCUGAUUUCCCUCCCAUCAAGGGCUGGGGGGUGUCUCUGUUCAGUCCCUUGGUUCUGGAAUCAUAAUUGGAGGGGGUGCAUUGUCCCCCAUGUGGGAGCCUCAGAGGGACCGGGGGACCCCUUUCCCCGCCCAGCCUGGGAUUGCAGCAUCUCUUACUGUUCUGCCUUCUGGCAGAGCCUGGAGGGGCCUCGGUGUCAGAGUGUACCUUUGCCAUUCCUCUUCCCCACCCUCUGGUGUUGUGGGCAUGGGCUGGAUGGCGUGCGCAAGCGGCUCAUCGCAGGCGGGUUGUGUCUGUUGUACAUAGAAAGGAGAGUCGUGAACCAGCGUUUGGGUGGUGGGUGGCCUGGUCCUGAGGGGAAACCCCUCUUCCCCCAGCAGUGUUGGGUUAUCCCCCUCGAUCUGUAAGGAGGCUGCAUCCGGUGUGGGGAUGUUGUCCCAUUCCACCCUUCCCUGCCCUCGCCCUCCUCCCCCUCCCCGUUCCGCCUUUUUCUCGGGUCUGUAGCCUGUUCUUGGUGUUCCCAUUUUCUGCUGCACCUUUCCCUCGGCGUCCCUCAGAACACCUCUCCCCCCUCCCCCAUUACCAACCUUCAAAGGUGUAUUUUGGUUUUCUUUCUUUUUAUCUUAAUUUUUUUCUUUUUUUGCUUAUAAAUGAAUAAUAAAAGUCACCAAAUGUAACCAGG